AUGAAGAAGCUAUGCGAUACAAUCUCGGAAUUGGCUUCAAGUAUCCUGCCUGAUAACGGUUGGCCGAAACUGUUGUCGUUUAUGUUUCAGUGCGUUUCUUCCGAUUCUCCCAAGCUUCAAGAAUCUACGUUUUUGAUAUUUGCGCAGUUGACACAAUACAUUGGGGAGACUUUAAUUCCACACAUAAAGCAUCUUCAUGGCGUGUUUUUACAGUGCUUGACUAAGUCGGGGAGCUCAGACGUGAGGAUUGCUGCUUUGGGUCCUGUAAUUAAUUUUAUUCAGUGUUUUUCGAGUUCUGGUGAUAGGGAUCGGUUCCAGGAUUUACUUCCAGCGAUGAUGACGACUUUGACUGAAGAUUUAAAUGGCGGACAAGAGGCUACUGCUCAAGAGGCAUUGGAAUUGUUGAUUGAGUUGGCAGGGACUGAGACUAGGUUCUUGAGGAGGCAGUUAGUGGAGGUGGUGGGGUCUAUGUUGCAGAUAGCUGAAGCAGAUACUCUAGAAGAGGGCACACGACACCUAGCCAUUGAGUUUAUGAUCACGCUAGCAGAGGCUAGAGAGAGGGCACCUAGUAUGACGAGGAAGUUGCCACAAUUUAUCAGCAGGUUGUUCUGUAUUUUAUUGCAGAUGUUGCUGGAUGUCGAGGAUGAACCUGCUUGGCAUACUGUUGAAAAUGAGGACGAAGAUGCAGGAGAGUCAAGUAAUUAUAGUGUUGGGCAGGAGUGCUUGGAUCGGUUGGCUAUUGCUCUAGGUGGGAAUACCAUUGUCCCUGUUGCAUGUGAACAGUUGUCGGCUUACUUGGCUGCCCCUGAGUGGCAGAAACAUCAUGAUGCACUUAUCGCUCUUGCACAGAUAGCAAAGGGAUGCUCAAAGGUAGCAAUAUUUUUGGAAUUUGUUAUAUCACUUUUGGUCAAGUUUGAUUGUUCAACGCAUCAUUUGUUUAACAUGCAAAUAAGUGCAUUUUUAUGA